UUUAAAUUUAACUGGCUGAUAUCUGCUUGGCAUCCCCCUCACUCACACUCACACACACAUGCACACGCACACAGGCUCAGACAGCAACGUACCCGCGCAGCCUCAGACACCAUCGAGCAGCACCCAUUCAGCAGCAGCCUCCCUCCAUCGGACCACCUUGAUUGUUCGGGGGGCCUGCCGAGGACAUUCGACUGGCGGCAGACAAGAAGAUUGCGUUGAACACUGAGGAUAAACACUUCAUCCCGGGCGUCAGGCUCUGCAGAAUCACAGCAGCGCAGUUAGCGGUUGCUUAGCUACCAGAGCAGCAACAUGCGCUCCCGAAGCAGCAGCCUGGAGGAUGUCACCAAAGUCAAGUUGGCCAAAGAGCCAGUGGACCCUCACAGGCAAAACUCAGAGCGGGAGGAACUCUCAGCACAGACAGGACGCCGCAGUCGCCACCGGGAGCCGCCAGAUGACACCGGCACGAUCCAACGGAAUCACAAGACGACCAAGAAUGGUGGGAGCGGCGCUGCAAAAGUGGGCCGGAAGGAGAAAGGAAGGGACCUUUCCCGUGACGACCUGGUCUUCCUGUUGAGCUUGCUGGAGGGAGAGCUGCAGGCCAGAGAUGAAGUAAUCACGGUGCUGAAAGCAGAGAAAAUUGAUGUUGCCCUUCUGGAAGCCAAAUAUGGUUUCGUCAUGCCUCAAAAGGUACUGCAGGCUUUGCAGCGAGACGCCAUUCAGGGCAAAGCUGAGGGCCUCCAGGAAGACAUCUAUGAACAACCCAUGGUGGAGCUGGACAAGCUGGUGGAGAAGCAGAGAGAAACGUACCGCCGAAUGCUGGAGCAGCUGCUGAUGGUGGAGCAGGCCCACAAGCAGGCCUUGUGCAAGAUGGCGGACGAGAAGCGCCACCACGGCGAGUUUAUGAAGAAGAGCGAUGAAUUCACCAACCUCCUGGAGCAGGAACGCGAGAGGUUGAAGCUGUUAAUUGAUCAGGAAAAGGCCUACCAAGAACGCAAGGACCAAGAGAACAACAAAAAGGUCACAAGUUUAAAAGAAGAGCUGACAAAGGUCAAGUCCUUUGCAUUGAUGGUCGUGGAUGAGCAACAGCGUCUAACAGAGCAGCUGAAUCAACAGACAGCAAAGGUCCAGCAGCUGGGCACGAGCACUUCCCAGAUUCAAGAGGAGCUGAGCUUGGCCAACGAUCACCUUCAGGAAGAAGAGCGCAAGGUAUGUCGCCUGGAGGCGGAGUUGCGUGAUUGCAUCAAUCGACACCAUCAGGAGCAGGAGGCCAUGACGGCCAAGCUGACCAGUGAGGACGCACAGAAUCGGCAGCUGCGUCAGAAGUUGUCGACCCUCGGCAGGCAGCUCGACGAGCUGGAAGAGACCAACAAGACACUGCGCAGAGCUGAGGAGGAACUGCAGGAGCUGAAAGACAAAAUUAGCCAAGGAGGAGGUGGAAACACCAGCCUCAUGUCUGAGCUGGAGGAGCUACGGAAAAGAGUGCUUGAAAUGGAGGGGAAGGAUGAGGAACUGAUUCGAAUGGAGGACCACUGCAGAGACUUGAACAAGAAACUAGAAAAAGAGGCGGGUCAGAGUUGCACUUUGAAGGCUGAGGUCGAUAAGCUUAAUCACAGAAUUACGGACUUGGAAAAACUGGAGGGCGCGUUCAGCAAGAGUAAACAGGAAUGCAGCUCGUUAAAAAGUAACCUUGAGAGGGAAAAGGCUGUGUCAAAGGCUCUUUCCGGCGAGCUGGAAGCCUUGAAAGCUCAAGUUAAAGACCUUGAGUCUUCUGAGGGUCAGCUGGCAAAAGCAGAGUUGACACUGAAGGAGGACCUCACAAAGUUAAAGACACUCACAGUCAUGCUGGUGGAUGAGAGGAAGGCCAUGGCAGAGAAACUCAAGCAGAUGGAAAACAAGGUACAAAACAGCACCGGCAAACUUCAGGCAGAGCAGGAUAAGGUGACAUCCGUCACCGAGAAGCUCAUUGAGGAGAGCAAGAAAGCCUUGCGGUCCAAGGCUGAGCUGGAAGAAAAGAUGUGUGGCACCAAGAAGGAGCGGGACGAUCUGAAAGCCAAGCUGAGAGCUGAGGAGCAGAAGAGCAACGAUUUAGACUCAAAGAUCAAUAUGCUGAAAAAAAGGUUGCAAUCGCUAGAAAAUAUAGAACGAGACUAUCUGAGGAGCAAAGUCAAAGACGAGCACAUUAAAACACCUACAGCAAACCGCUUCCAACAAGAGGACAACAAAGUCAAAGACUUGACCCAGGAAGUUGAGCGUCUCCGAUGCAAGCUGAAGGAUAUGCGGGUUGCAGAAGGAGACUUGGUAAAAGCAGAGGAGCUGGAAUCCCUGGAAAGGAGGUUGGCUAACGAGCAAAAAAAAGCCAAGACAUUGAUGGAGGAGCUGGAAGUAUCCAGAAAAGAGCUUUCCCAGUACCAGCUGGCUGAGAAAAACGAGUCCACCCAAGACGAUGUUUUGUUAAAACGUCUGAAGGACGAGGAGGCCAGGUCAAGUCAUUUGGCACAAGAGGUGUCCGCUCUCAAAGAGAAGAUCCAUGACUACAUGGGACAAGAGGAGUCCAUUUGCCGCAUGAAAACAGACCAUGCCACCCUGCGAAGAAAGAUGACCCAACAGGAAGUCCGAAACAAAGAAUUAGCCAGGGAGAUGGAGACGUUAACACGGGAGCUUGAAAGAUAUCGAAGAUUCAGCAAAAGUCUGCGCCCUGGCCUGAAUGGACGGCGGUUUUCGGACUUGCAUGUUGCCACCAAAGAGGUCCAGACUGAGCCUCUAGAAAUCCCACCUCCCAGCGACAAGACAUCAGUGCCCCGAGAGAGUCCUUUGCUGAACGGUAAACUGUGUGACGAGAGCGAGCCUGAAGAUGAGGUGAUCUACAACAGGGGAGGGAAAAAUGUCUCCUCCCUAAAGAACAAUGUCAAUAACCUCAAUAACAGCAUGAGAAGAAUGCCGUUUGUAAAAUCAAAAGAGGCCCCCCACCUCCUGAACGGAAAAUUGCAACCACGUCCAAGUGGCAACCUCGUCCAGACAGGGGACGUGGUGUUGAGCCACAGUCCCGGUCAGCCGCUUCACAUUAAAGUGUCUCCCGAGCAUGGACACAACAUGGCGACUCUGGAGAUCACCAACACUCUUGCAGAGAACACGCCGUCAUUCACCAGCACCGCAGUCAUCCCCACAACUGGGGGCCCGCCGAAACAGAGAAUCACCAUCAUCCAGAAUGCGGCUAUUUCCCCGACUGCAAAAUGUAAAACCUCCCCGAUAUCAGACGGACCUCGCUCACCCGAUAGGCUGUUCUCUCCUCUCGCCAUGUCAACAUACUCCAGAGCGCUCACCCCUGACUCUUGUGGCUCUCUGACCCCGGACAGAGCCAUGUCCCCAAUCCAAAUAGUCUCCGUUACGACAGGCACCCCCGACCGCACGCUCUCAGCAGAACCGGUGGAGGUUGUCGGAGGGCACUCCGUAUUGCGCGUGACCCCCGAGCGUCAGAAUGGUUGGCAGGUACAGCGAUCCAACAGCUCCGGGCCAAAUGUCAUCACCACAGAGGACAACAAAAUCCACAUCCACUUAGGGAGCCCCUUCAUUCAGAGUGUCAGUGCGCCGGUGUUGGCCAAAGGCAGCACUGCAACAUCCAAAAGCAACAACAAAGUCACUAGUAGCAUCAUGAUUAAGCCCACCACCACCCAAACCCAACGGCCAUCGCAGAUUACAAUACCGCUAGAAGCAUUCCGACGCCCGGGGCCGACACGGAUCCCCAAACCGAAGGGCUGCACAUCUCUGAAAGGGCCGGGCACCAACUGGGCCAUGCAGAACAGGAGCGGGUCCCUGCACGCUCCUCUCAGCGCAGGCAAAGGCCAGGCCGGGCACACGGCUACAGCACACAGCAACAACAAUCCAAACCUGGCUAACCGCAGGCUCUAAAGUCAGAGAUCAAUGACACCGCUAACAUGAAAAGGUCAUUUGGCAUUUCUAGAAAUCAGAGUACUGUACUAGAAAGGUUACUUGCUAAACUAGAAUCCUGACAAUGUGUAUUCAUGUUUAUCAGAUACAAAAUCCAUGUUUAGAGACAAAAGUUGACUUUGUUUAGACUGAUAAACAGCAAUAAUGUACAUACAUGUGUAAAGCUGAUGGGUUAAUGCUGCUGCUUCACACGGUUAACUAAGUCUUUUU